AUGAGGCUUGAAUGGGAUCAACCUCCUAGUGAAAUGAGGCCACCUGGUUCAAUUCCCAUCAAGGACUAUGCAAUAGAUACACCCUUGAAUAAAUCAGCGUUGCCCGUAGGAGGUGAUCAAUCUCAUGAAGUGAAGAUUGAUGUUAAACCCAACAGUGCAAUUGCAGCGAUAAAUUUUGUUCUCAAGGAUGAAGAAACUGGUGCUUGGUAUCAGCAUAGAGGGAGAGAUUUUAGAGUGCCUCUUGUGGACUACCUGCAAGAGGAUGAAAAUGUGGUUGGAGCAAAAUGGGGCUUGGGCGCAUGGCCAGGAGCUUUGGGGAAGCUAUCAAAUGCGUUUGUCAAAGCAGAAUCACCAUACUCCAAAGAUCAAGAUAGCAGCAAUGAAUCCAGAGACGCUCAACAGAAAACUAGGCGUGUAGAAGAGUUCUAUGAAGAACUGGCCAUUGCAAAAGAAAUUGCUGUGAAUAAUUCAGUAACUGUUUCUGUAAGGAAGUGCCCUGAGACAGCUAAGAAUCUUCUAUGCUUAGAAACAGAUUUGCCUGAUCAUGUUGUUGUUCACUGGGGAGUUUGUAGAGAUGAUACUAAAAGAUGGGAAAUUCCAGCUGCCCCACAUACACCAGAAACAGUAGUAUUCAAGGACAAGGCUUUGCGGACUCGAUUACAGCAAAAAGAGGGUGGAAAAGGAUGUUGGGCAUUGUUUACUUUGGAAGGACUCGCAGGAUUUCUUUUUGUUUUCAAACUAAAUGAAAGUACGUGGUUGAAAUGUGUGGCCAAUGACUUCUACAUCCCUCUGUCCAGCUCAAAUCACUCAAUUGCUAUUGCUAUACCAAGAGAGGUUCCAUCUGAAGAUGCAAAAGCAGUUCAAGAAAAAAAAAUUACUGCAUAUACCAAUGGAAUAAUAAAUGAAAUAAGGAACUUAGUGAGUGACAUUUCCUCUGAGAAGAAUCAAAAGACAAAGUCCAAAGAAGCACAAGAAAGCAUUCUUCAAGAAAUAGAAAAAUUGGCUUCCGAAGCCCAUAGUAUCUUCCGAAGCACUGUUCCAACUUUCACAGAGGAAGCAAUUUCAGAGACUGAAGAAUUGAAAGCCCCCGUCAAAAUAUGCUCAGGGACAGGCACAGGUUUUGAAAUAUUGUGCCAAGGUUUUAACUGGGAAUCUCAUAAAUCUGGAAGAUGGUACAUGGAACUCCAAAGUAAAGCUGCAGAAUUAUCUUCACUAGGUUUCACUGUGAUUUGGUUACCACCCCCUACAGACUCUGUGUCACCUGAAGGGUACAUGCCGAAGGAUUUAUAUAAUCUGAACUCCAGAUACGGAAAUAUUGACGAACUGAAGGAGACUGUGAGGACAUUCCAUAAAGUCGGUAUAAAAGUUCUUGGAGAUGCUGUGCUGAACCACCGUUGUGCAGAAUAUCAGAAUCAAAAUGGGGUAAAAAGUGUGAACCUUGCAGCUUAUGGAAUUGCCUUCGUAUGUCUAUCAUAUGUGCAGAGUGAAUGUUUAUAUGCCGAAGUUUGCCUAGGCAGGGGCAAUAAAAGUAGCGGGGAGUGUUUUCAUGCUGCUCCAAACAUUGAUCAUUCACAAGAUUUUGUGAGGAAGGAUAUCAAAGAAUGGUUACACUGGCUAAGGGAAGAAAUUGGGUAUGACGGAUGGAGGCUUGAUUUUGUUAGAGGAUUUUGGGGUGGUUAUGUCAAGGACUACAUAGAUUCUACUGAGCCCUACUUUGCUGUAGGCGAGUAUUGGGAUUCCCUAUGUUAUACAUACGGUGAAAUGGAUCACAAUCAAGAUGCACACAGGCAGAGAAUUGUUGAUUGGAUCAAUGCUACUAAUGGAACUGCUGGUGCAUUUGAUGUCACAACAAAAGGGAUUCUCCACGCAUACACCCCCGUGGUAUCAGACGGGCUUGUAUUGAUUCAUAGGCACUGGAAAGAUGCGAGUAUUGGCGAUUCUCAGAUCAGAAGGGAAAAGCCUCCAGGGGUUCUUGGAUGGUGGCCAUCUCGUGCUGUCACUUUCAUAGAGAAUCACGAUACUGGUUCUACUCAGGGUCAUUGGAGGUUUCCACAUGAUAAAGAAAUGCAAGGAUAUGCUUACAUUCUGACUCAUCCAGGAACACCAACAGUUUUCUAUGACCACAUUUUCUCUCACUACCAUUCUGAAAUUAAAGCUCUACUCUCUCUGAGAAACCGGAACAAGCUCAACUGUCGGAGUAGAGUUAAAAUCACCAAGGCAGAAAGAGACGUGUAUGCGGCCAUCAUUGAUGAAAAGGUUGCCGUAAAAAUCGGACCAGGUCACUAUGAACCCCAAAGUGGACCUCGGCAGAGACUACAAGGUCUGGCAGAGAACCUUGAAUUGAAGUUUUCUUGCCAUGCAUUUCCGGAGUUCAAGGGACUGUCAAAGCUCAACAGACGAUCGGAAAGACCUGCUUUCAGCAAUAGAAAAUUGCAGCGAGUCGGCUAG